AUGGCCAACCUGUUCCUCAAGCAGGCAAAGCAAUACGUAGCGACGCGGCCGGUCUACCCGCCGGAGCUCUUCGACUUCAUCGCCUCCAAGACACCUCGCCGCGACAUGGCCUGGGACGUCGGCACCGGCAACGGCCAGGCUGCAGCAUCGCUGGCGACGCUGUACAAGGCCGUGGUGGGCACGGACACGAGCGCGCAGCAGCUCGCCUACGCGACGCGCCUCCCCAACGUCCGCUACGUCCACACCCCGCCGGACCUGCCCCUCGAGGGGAUCCACGCCACCGUCGCCCCGCCGGCCUCCGUUGACCUCAUCACCGUCGCGCAGGCCUUCCACUGGCUCGACCUCCCGCGCUUUUACGCGCAGGCGCGCUCCGUGCUGCGCCCCAACCACGGCAACUACUGGGCGCUCAACCGCCGGAUGGUCGACGACGAGUAUCGGAGCGCCGACUUCCCGUUCGACCCGGUCGAGGGGGAGACGCACACAGGCCCGUUCGAGUUCUCCACGCAGCGGCGGAUGGACCUGGAUGACUACCUAAUGUACAUCACGUCGUGGUCCGCGUACCAGACGGCCAAGGAUAACGGCGUCGAGCUGCUGGACGAGGCCACCGUGCAGGAGUUCGCGGCAGCAUGGGGCGGCGACGGGAAGGAGGUGAAGACCGUCACGUACCCCAUCUUCCUCAGGAUUGGCAAGUUGAGGUCGGAAGAAUGA